GAUAAAUUUCAAAAUGUCGGGCUUCUUUCUCAGCGAAAAGAAGAAAACUGAUUCCAGAAAGCGUCCUGCGAAAGCAGGAAAGAUAACCAAUGGAUUCAAGAAAGCACCAAGCAAUAAACCCAAACCUCCAAAUAAGAAGGAGGACAAUGAACAUUUAGAGAGCGAUGAAGAAUCCAUAAGAAGUCAUUCUGAAAAUGAAGAAGAUUAUGAAAGUGAUGKAAGUGAAACUGCACAAGAAAAGAAGAUCAGAUUAACCAAGCAAUAUUUAGAACAGCUGAAAGAAGAAGAAAUACUAAAAAGUGAGUCCCAAGAUAUUGACCAUGAUGCCAUAGCUCACAGAUUACAACAAAACCUUCUUGAACAAAGUGGAAGGUUUCAAAGACAGAUUGCUCAGCAGUUCUCAGCACCAGAGUCGUCAUCUGUGAAAGUUCUAAGAGGUCAUCAGUUGGCUGUAACUUGUCUUUGUGUUUCUUCUGAUGAUAAAUAUGUAUAUACUGGAUCCAAGGAUUGUCAUAUCAUCAAAUGGAAUGUUAGCAGUGGAAAGAAAGAAGUGAAAGUGGCUGCUUCUAAAGAGACUAAAGAGUCCAAARGCUGUGUACUUGCUCUCUCAAUCACUUCUGAUAGCAAAUUUCUGGCAAGUGGAGGAAAAGACAAAGUUAUACACAUUUGGGACCCUGACAAUCUACAAUCCAUCCACUCAUUCACAGGACACAGAAAUACAAUAACAGGCUUAGCAUUCAGGAAAGGAAGUCAUCAACUUUUCAGUUGUUCACUUGACAGAACAGUUAAAAUAUGGACUUUGGAUGAAAUGGCUUAUGUAGAAACAUUAUAUGGUCAUCAAGAUGGCAUCACAGGUAUUGACAGUCUCUCUAAAGACAGGGCUGCAACAACAGGAGGACGUGAUAGAUCUCUGAGAAUAUGGAAAGUAGUGGAGGAAACACAACUCGUUUUCAAUGGGCAUGGGUAUGAAAUUCUUAUAAAAGAUCACAUGAUAUCUGGUGCAGAUGACGGGUCAAUCUGCAUGUGGAGYACCAACAAGAAGAAACCUCUAUGUACAGUUAAUAAUGCACACGGUACACCAAGUAAUGACCAGSAUGAUAGCAUUCCUAAUGAAACAUGGAUAACUUCACUUGCCGUUGUAAAGAGUACAGAUCUUGUAGCAUCAGGAUCUUGUGAUUCUUGUAUAAGAGUAUGGAARUGUGGACCUGGGUAUAGAAGUUUAAAACCAAUGUUUACAAUACCGGUGACUGGUUUUGUUAACUCACUGUCCUUUUCAAGUGAUGGCAGUACGUUAUUUGCUGGUGUUGGUCAAGAACAUCGUCUUGGUCGAUGGUGGAAACUAAAACAUGCCAAGAAUGCUUUGCAUAUCAUUCCCCUCGAAAAAUCUGUAAUAUCAGAUAGCACAACAAAUGAAUAGCUCRAUUUUAAAUAAAUAUGAAAGAAAAUAUGUAAAUUGA